AUGAACCUGGAUUUCAGUGAAACUAUUAAACUCCUUGAGUUCUAAAUUUUUAAGAAUUAAAAUGCAAAUUUCAGCAAUGCUUAAUUCCCGAUUCAUAAUAAUGAAUUAGAAAGUAAUAAUUAGGAAAAUUCUGAAAAUAUAGCUAACUCUGCUCGUCACAAAUUAUAAUCUAAUAGACUAUCGGGGAAAAAAUGUUAAAAGAAAUAAAUCAGAAUUUCCAAGAUUAGAAAUGAAAGUCUUAAAAACUAACAAUAAGAGUUAUCUCUUUUGAUAAAAGAUUUAAAGAGAAUUCAAGAACUAGACAAUAAAAAGUCUAUUUUUUUCUAACCUUAAGAGUAUUUAAAACCAAAUUUCAACUUUUAUGAGCUUAACUGUUUCCCCUAUAGACUUAAAAAAAUGAAAAAUGGUUUUAAUUCAGAAUUAUAAAAUGAUGAUCAGGAUAAUUCUAGAAAUUAAUAAUAGAUUUAGAGAAAUUUCCCUGGCAAUAGAAUUCUUAAAAUUAGUAAUAAUACCGGAGACCUUUUAGUUCCCAUUUAAUAACAUUCAAGGCUAGCUAUGAUAAGUUCAUAAGCAUCUCUUAAAUAAAUAAAGACAGUUUAAUUGUAGUCAGAUACUAAAUAAACGACAAUUUUAAACAAUGCUCAUGAUAACUUUAAAAUACUUGGAUUAGAAAAUUCUAGAGGCUUUGUUUAUAAUCAAGAUUUCUCUCAUAUUUAUGGUGUACUUCAAUUGAGCUCUUAGAUAGUUUCUCAUAUUUAAAUUGAUCCCUAUCUUAUUCUUGGAUUGAAUGAUAGCAGCCUUAACAUCUUGUGCAAGGUAAACUAUGAAAGUAAAAUGAUUGUGCAUUUAGCAAAGAAUGCUUUCAGAUUCAUUGAAUUCAUUUAAUAUUUUGAGGGCUUAAAUCACUCAUAUCUUAUGAUAUUUGAGGGGGAAGGCUAUAUUCAAAUAUUAGAUAUGCAUACUCUAGAGAUUGUGUAUACAUUUCAGCAUUCAAAUAAAUUUUCCAUUCAUUCUGCUGAGAUGCUUCAUGAUUCUUAGCAUAUUCUUUUAGCACAGGCUUAAUUGGAUAAUACUUCCAAAUUCCUUGGAGGUAUCUCCACCGUAAUCUUAACUUGUGAGGAGGUGUCCUAAUCCUUCACAUUAACUGAAUGUGAAAACCCUUGUUCUUUGCUAGACUAAAUAAAGGGACCAGUCCUAAACAUAGUUUAGAUAACAUAAAAUAUCAUAAUUACAACAGAAAUAAACAAUAACUUCAUUGUCUAUGAUAUAAAUCAUAAUACAAAGAGUAGAAUUUUUAAUCCGUCUUAAAGUAUAAACUAUUGCUUCCUAUAAAGGAUUUAAGGUUUCUCUAAUGAGAGGCCUUAUCUUAUUUAUCAAGACUCUAGGUCUAUUGGAUUGAUAGACUGUAAUUUACUCCAAGCUGUGAAAUUGGUUAACAUAUCAUACCAGCGAUGUGGGAACUAUUACUCGAUGUUUCAUUAUGAAACUACUAAUGAGUUAUCUUAAAAUGGAGCAGUUUCAAACAUAAUUAAUGUUCUUGCUUUAUAGUACAAUAGAUAAUAAAAUGAAAGAGGCAUUUCUUGUUUUCAAUUUUCAUUAUAAUGA